GGAGGACCCGCUGGAACGAGCGCUCUCCGUUUCAAGGAACUGCAAGGUCACGUGAUACGCGAGAGAGAAUGACGUUUGGAAAGCGAAUUGCCUGUGCGUGAGACCAACCGAUCGGUCGGGAGUUUAAGUCUUUCGCGUUGUUAGUAGGCCUACCCGACUGUUGUGUGUUUUUGACAGUUACCGAACUCACCGGUCAGACAGCCAUCUGCGCGAUUGUUUUGGUUCCUCUCUGACAGGUUUCUGGUAGGCCGACUUUAACACUUUCUCCACUUCAAGUGUUCAAGACGAGCAGAGCGAAGCAGGCGGGCAGAAUGACGGAUGCAGAUGUGAUCACUAGACCUCUCUUCUGACACGAUGAAGGUCCUGCUGUGGGCUGUGUGGAUGGUGCCCUGGUCAUAUGCUCUUCUCCCUCCCACCAACCUGACUGUGAAGUCCCAGAACUUCAACCACACUCUACACUGGGUUCCUGCAGACGGCACUCCACCAGGGACAGAGUAUCACAUUUACCUGCAGAAACACUCAAAGACCCCUCUCAGCGUUACCACGGCGACCUCACUGCCAGUGUCGGCCAUCAUGAGGAAGGACAUCCACACGACGUACGUUCUCUCCGUAGAGGCCAGACAGCGUCACGUCACGUCACGCCGCGCCAACACCUCAUUCGAACCGUUCAGCAUGACGGUACUGGGCCCUCCUGUGGUGAGGGUGGAAGGCUGUGGCGACUGCCUGCUGGUCAACAGCUCUCUCCCCCGAGGCGACGGCAUCAGCCCCGACGACUUCAGGACCUUCUGCCGCUCCGUCGAACACACACUCCACUGGAGAAGGCCAGGGGGGGAGACGGUGAUUACCCCGAUCUUUGACCCCUCGAAGCCGAAGAGGAUAACGCAUCUUCUCCCUGGAGAACUCUACUGUCUAAGGGUGAAUCUCAGCCACUCCUCCGCCCCCACGCUCGCAUCUGAUUGGCAGUGUGCUCGGACAAGCCCCGCCCUUCCUCCAGGAGGGCAGUAUGUACGGUCCCUGGUGGGCUGGUCGAUGGGCACUGUGUGUGUUGGAGUGUUGGUCAUGGUUUGGUUCGCCGCUCUCUGCUACACCGGCGCCAUCUGCAGGCGAAAGCCACAACUGCCCCAAAGCCUGGUUGCUUUGGUGAGGGGGUUCUUUCUCUCUCCAGAACUGGUGGAUGCUGAUGCUGUGUUUGUGAGCUCCGAGUGUGUGACCCUGGCACAGAAAGGACACACACAUCCCCCCCGGACACACACACCCUCCCGGACACACACACCCAGCGACGGAGCCGACAGUGAAGAGGAGGAGGAUGACGAAGGACGGAAUUAUGGGUACAUGGACAGAGCUGAACCUGCCUCGGGGCCAGAUGCUGCCGCCGCCACACAGCAUCAUGGGAGUUGUAGUCCCCCUGAGGACAGGGAGCCGCUGCAGGGUCCAGAUGCUGCUGCCGCCACACAGCAUCAUGGGAGUUGUAGUCCCCCUGAGGACAGGGAGCCGCUGCAGGGUCCAGAUGCUGCCGCCGCCACACAGCAUCAUGGGAGUUGUAGUCCCCCUGAGGACAGGGAGCCGCUGCAGGGUCCAGAUGCUGCUGCCGCCAUACAGCAUCAUGGGAGUUGUAGUCCCCCUGAGGACAGGGAGCCGCUGCAGGGUCAACCAGGGGUCAGAGGUCACGGCCGUGAGCCCCCACCGCAGAGGCGAGAAGAGAGUGAUGAAGAGAAGAGAGAUGGAGAGAGGGGGGAAAGAAACGACAGACAAGAGAAGGAGAGCGAGAUGAAGAGAGAUGGAGAGAGAGAGGGCGAUGCACAUGGUGAUGUGAAUCUGUUCUCUGUCCGUCUGGGAGGCCUGAAAGAGACAGACCAGGAGGACAAGAAAGAGAGGGAGGAGAAGGAGGAGAAGAAGGAGGAAGAGCAGGAGGAGGAGGAGGAGACUACUGAACUGGCCACUGAGGACUGGCCUCUGCUGAACGUAGGAAAAACUCACACACACACAGACACAGACACACACAUUCGGACAGAAAAACACCCAGACACUCUUCCGUUCACACACACGGCCACACAAACACAGACACACAGACACACACACACACACGCACCCACACAAACACACACAAGCCAACAGACUCCAGCCCAGCCCUUAGACACAGACUGGGUCCUGCUGAAACAGGUGAAGUUGAAUGAGGAACUAGUGACAGGCUCACACACACAACCACACACACACACACACACACAAGCAACAGAGACUGUGUCUGAUUGGCCGGAUGGAAACGCACAGGUAACACAGACUGUGCCUGAUUGGUCGGAUGGUGACUCAGACAGCGACAGCAGACCCAGUGGUUACCUGGCAACGCAUGCAGGCUCCAUUCACAUCCACACAACAGAUGAGGAUGAGGAGGAUACUGAUGAAGAGGACUGCUCUGGGUACAUGACCCGAUGAUGUGUGUGUGUGUGUGUGUGUGUGUGUGUGUGAGAGAGAGAGUGUGUGUGUGUGUGUGUGUGUGUGUGUGUGUGUGUGUGUGUGAGAGAGAAUGUGUUUGUAAAAAAAGGACUGCUCAGUGUAUAUUACCCCAAUGAUGUGUAUGUGUGUGUGUUUGUGCACGCAGCAGAAGACUCACACUAUAUGACCAGAUGAUGUGUGUGUGUGUGUGUGUGUGUGUGUGUGUGUGAGGAAGAAAAAGGACUGCUCAGACUACAUGA